CGCUUUGUUUGGCUCUAUUUGUCCUCUUUCCCAAAUCGUCACAGCGUCUUGAGGGAAACCUUCCAGCCACCGGUAUCCGACUCAACAAGCCUCCUCAAGGUUAGUAUACUAUCUUGCUGCCCGUCCGGAGUCAUCCCAAAGGAAUCUACGCUGCUCUGGCUUCCGAACAAAUGUCUAUGUGGCGGGAUUGCGGGAACCUUGAUGCUGGAUGGCUUGGGAUGACUUCGGAUGAUGACUGCUAGUUCCUCGCCAUUUGGGAUUCAACGCUGACGAUUUUGUGCUCCUACAUAUCAGAAAAUGCCGACACGGUUCUCUAACACUCGCAAGCACCGCGGCCACGUCUCGGCCGGUCACGGACGUGUCGGUAAACACCGCAAGCAUCCGGGAGGUCGUGGUCUCGCUGGUGGUCAGCACCACCACCGAACCAAUUUCGAUAAGUACCAUCCUGGUUACUUCGGUAAAGUUGGUAUGCGUCGCUUCCAUUUGACCCGCAACCUGCAAUGGCGCCCCAUCAUCAACGUUGACAAGCUCUGGUCGCUUGUCCCUCAGCAGGAGAAGGAGGGCUUGACUGAGAACUCUGAUGUUGUUCCCGUUAUUGACGUGCUCCGACACGGAUACGGCAAGGUUUUGGGCAAUGGACAAUUGCCCAAGGUUCCCUUCAUUGUAAAAGCCCGUUUCGUCUCAGCGAAGGCAGAAGCUAAAAUCAAGGAGGCUGGUGGUGUCGUCAAGCUCGUUGCAUGAUCAUUCUCUUCUACACUUGCUUUUAUAUCUCUCGGCAUCAUGGCAUAUCCGCGCACCCAUGCAUAUGACAUCCACGAGGCUUUUCUAUGUAAUCUAUGCCUUCGCAAUCCACUACUGCUGCGAUUCAUGCAUGUGCCAGAGCAUCAUCAUAGACCGACAACGGAGCCUUGAGCAGUUGUUGCAUGUAGCCACUCGAACCUCAAUCUGCGAUGCACGGUGUAACUAUAAUCCCUGCUGUGAAUUAUGCGCUUCGGCGCUGCUUGUGACAC